UCUCUCUCUCUCUCUUUGCGCACACGCGUACACACACACACACGCACAUUGUGCUCUCUCCCUGCCUGGUUAGGCUCUUCAACGAUUAACUCAAAAUCCGAAAGCUCUCCCAAGUUUGCCUUUCGAGCAGAAAUGUUUCGGGAAAAUUCAAGUUUCAUCGAGACUAUUUUGUACGAUAGUCCUGGAUGUAAGAUUCUGAAAAAUGGGAGUGAAGGAGCCAUUUACCACUUGGCCAAUGUCAUGUUUACACUGGGCUACAUGAGCGGCAGUGGGUUCUUUGGUCUCGUUUAUCUGUUCAGUCUUUUGGGCGUUGGGUUUUUCAUUCAGUCUCUUUGGGGCUGGGUCGAUGCCUGCGGGGUGGAUAUUUUUAUGUGGAGCCUGUUACUUUUUGUGUUCUGCUUGGUCCAACUGGCGCACAUUGGUUACCGGCUGAGGAAGGUGAAUUUCGAGGAAGACUUCACGAAUCUUUACAAAGCCAUGUUCCAGCCGCUCGAUGUGCCGCUCGGUGUCUACAAGGAGAUCGUGAACUGCUGCGAUGCCGAGGUGACGAGUCUCUCCCGUGAGCAGAACUACGCGGUGGAAGGCAAAACCGCAAUUGACCGCUUGUCCCUGCUGCUCUCAGGCAGGGUUCGUGUUACUCACGAACAGCAGUUUCUACACUAUAUCUUUCCAUAUCAGUUCCUUGAUUCUCCAGAAUGGGAAUCUCUGCGACCUAAUGAAGAAGGCAAUUUUCAAGUGACCCUGACAGCAGAAACAGACUGUUACUAUGUGACGUGGAAAAGAAGAAAGCUAUAUAUGCUCUUGGCUAAACAUCAUUAUAUUGCACGCCUUUUCACUGUUAUGCUUGGAAAUGACAUCGCAGACAAACUUUACUCCCUUAUUGACAAGCUGUAUUGCAGGGGUGGGGUCCGCUAUGAUAUCCGCUUACCUAGUCUUUACCAUGUAUUAGCACCUUCUGUCGAAGCUGAGAAGGAGACGAUUGCAGAGAGUCCCCAUCAUGUUCCUCAGAGUUCAUUUAGACCUCAGGAGUGUCCCUUUAUAAAACCAGGGCCGGACAUCAAUGAUCUAAUUGAUGUGAACAGUUCCUGGAGUGGCAUUCGUAAGGGGCAUGCACCAUUGGCUCCCACUCAGACGCCAGAACUCUGAGAACCGUCACUGAAAAGGCCAGCAUGAGGAAACAUAAAAAAUGUACUAUUUAAAUUUCCAAUGAAUAUUGAAAAAAAAAAGAAUUUUAUAUUAACAUACUCCAACAUAGUAUUCCAAUGUGGCUACUCUGGUUUCCCAAACAAUCAGACAUCAUUGUUCCAGUAAGUUGGGAUAAUUCACCAGUGGCAGUACAAUGGGUUACAGUAUUUGUAUGGUUAUUAGUACAUGAUUGAACAUGGUAAAUUGAAUUACAAUUUUAUUAACUUUUACCAUGUUAAUCAUGACAAAAUAAAUAAAAAUCUUUAACAGUGUGGUAUAGUAAUGAAAACCAAUGGCAAAUUGUCAUAUUUUCCAUUGAAAAUUCUGGCAGGAUUCUGUAAACAACAUGGUAAAAUAUAUAAAUAAAUUUGUUUGACUAGUAGGAAACAAGGGUAGUAAUGAAAUAUUGUAACAAGGUUUGACUGUAUCGAGUUAAAUGUAUUACAUAACUGUUAAAAUUAAGUCAUUAGGAGCAUAGUGAGUGUUAAACGAACAAUAUCAAGGUCCAUUAUUUUCACUUCAUCAACUUGUCAGUCACAGUCUACAGAAACCUCUUUGGUAUAUCUUAGCAGGUAUAAUAAUGAUGCAAAAUCUAAAUUAGUAAAGGUUUGAAAUUUUGCACAACUGUUAGAAGCCAUCUACAUAAGUCGUUAAUAUUGUCUAACUUCACAGCUAAUCUGAAUUAAACAAUUACCUAAUUUCAAAUUCAUCACUUUUGGAUUGAAACAGACUAAUUAUGAAAUGAACAUAUGAAUUAAUAAACUCAUAUGCUAAACGUAUAUGCUUAUGUAUAAUUUCUACUUAUUUCAUGACAAAUUAACUUUAUUGCAAUAAAAGUGGUAUAAAGACAAACAUUUAAAUCUGAAUCAAUUAAUAUCCUUCAGAUAGCAUUGGUAUGAAAGUAAUUCUAAUGGUAAACUCAAUUUUAUCCCACCAUAAGUCCUCUGAAUUGAACUGAGAGGUGAUCUCAUUGGAACAUAGUGAAUUGACAGGGUUAAUGCUUAGAAGAAUGUUUCCCCUCAUGGGAGGGUCUAGGAUCAGAGGGCAUUGUCUCAGAAUAAAGAUGAGGAAUUUCUUUGAGGGUUGAGUGUCUUUGGAACUCCUUACUACUGACAGCUUUGGGGGCAGAAUCCUUAUGUUUAUUUAAGGGUGAGAUAGAUUCUUGAUCAGUGGGGUAAAUCAAGGGUUAUGGGGAAAGCUCAGGAAAGAGAAAGUAAGGAAUGUCAGAUCAGCCAUGAUCCUUUUGAAUGGUAAAGCAAGCUUUUUUUGGGGUGGGGGGUUGCCAAAAGGCCUAUACUAUUUUCUAUUUCUUAUUGUCUUAUGAAUGCUCUCACUAUUUUCUGUCUAGGAUGUAUAUUUGUGUAUGGGUGUGUGCACAUCCUGGAAAUUACUUUACAAUGAAGUCUGUAUGAUAGAGCUUGUCCCAUGACUGUUCAAACGUGUAUUUUGGUUGCUGCUCCUGAUCAAAACCUCAUCAUGUCUAUUUCCACAUAUUCCAUUCUUUACUUUUCCUAGACCCCUGUCUUCUGUGGUCACACCUCUAUCAUUUCUCCCCUCUUAUAUACUCUGCCCUCCCAAAUUCAACUUGAAUCAAUUAACACUCAACUUCUUAGUCCAUUGCUGAGGAUUUUAAAACUCAUUCUUUUCUCCUUGAUGGUGUUGCUCAUUUAACAAGGUUGUGUUGUCCUUGGUUUUUUUUCCAGAGGGUUUGUAAACAUAGAGACUCUGGGAGGUCUAGGUUUGAAGGGUUUUAGGGCCAAUUUGAUUAUAGCUAACAGAUAACCCUCAGGCAAAAAGUUUUCAAGUUUUAAAACAAACAUUUGUACAAUGAAAAGGGAGUGGCCAGUUCUUGGUUUGGUUUUCGCAAGCAGUCAGUUGUGAAUCUGCUGGACCCAAAGAAGCAGGUCCAUGCUCAUCCUCCCUCUCUCUGACAUCUCUCCUGUAAGAACCUGUGUUGGA